UCGCGACUCUGUUUCCCGCCGUGCCGCGCGGCGUGGCCGUCCUCUGGGCCGCGGACAGGCCCCUUGGCCUAGGCUUCCCUAGUUCCUGGUUCGCCGGCGGCCAUUUUGGGUGGAAGCGAUCGCUGAGUGGCGGCUGCGGCUGAUUGUGUUCUAAGGGUCGGAGUGGGGUUGGCGUUUGCUCUACCGGAACAGCCUAGCUUAUUCCUUUCCUUCCAUUACCUGUGGCGCGGAGAGUCGGGGCGGCGGCUGCGGCAGUAAGGGCGGUGGCGGCGGCGGCAGCUGCAGUGACAUGUCCAGCAUGAAUCCAGAAUAUGAUUAUUUAUUCAAGUUACUUCUGAUUGGCGAUUCUGGGGUUGGAAAGUCUUGCCUCCUUCUUAGGUUUGCAGAUGAUACAUAUACAGAAAGCUACAUCAGCACAAUUGGUGUGGAUUUCAAAAUAAGAACUAUAGAGUUAGAUGGAAAAACAAUCAAGCUUCAAAUAUGGGAUACGGCAGGCCAAGAAAGAUUUCGAACAAUCACCUCCAGUUAUUACAGAGGAGCCCAUGGCAUCAUAGUUGUGUAUGAUGUGACAGAUCAGGAGUCCUUCAAUAAUGUUAAACAGUGGCUGCAGGAAAUAGAUCGCUAUGCCAGUGAAAAUGUCAACAAGUUGUUGGUAGGGAACAAAUGUGAUCUGACCACAAAGAAAGUAGUAGACUACACAACAGCAAAGGAAUUUGCAGAUUCCCUUGGAAUUCCAUUUUUGGAAACCAGUGCUAAGAAUGCAACGAAUGUAGAACAGUCUUUCAUGACGAUGGCAGCUGAGAUUAAAAAGCGAAUGGGCCCUGGAGCAACAGCUGGUGGUGCAGAGAAGUCCAACGUUAAAAUUCAGAGCACUCCAGUCAAGCAGUCAGGUGGAGGCUGCUGCUAAAAUUUGCCUCCAUCCUUUUCUCACAGCAAUGAAUUCGCAAUCUGAACCCAAGUGAAAAAACAAAUUGCCUGAAUUGUACUGUAUGUAGCUGCACUACAACAGAUUCUUACAGUUUCCACAAAGGUCAGACAUUGUAAAUGGUCAAUACUGACUUUUUUUUAUUCCCUUGACUCAAGACAGCUAACUUCAUUUUCAGAACUGUUUUAAACCUUUGUGUGCUGGUUUAUAAAAUAACGUGUGUAAUCCUUGUUGCUUUCUGAUACCAGGAUGUUUGGUUGGUCAGAAUAUAUUUUGUUUCGAUGUUUAUAUUGGCAUGUUUAGAUGUUGGGUUUAGUCUUCUGAAGAUGAAGUUCAGCCAUUUUGUAUCAAACAGCACAACCAGUGUCUGUCGGUUUCCAUGCAUAAAGUUUAGUGAGAUGUUACAUGUAAGAUCUGAUUUGCUAGUUCUUCCCUGUAGACUUAUAAAUGGAAAGAUUACACUAUCUGAUUAAUAGUUUUCUUCAUACUCUGCAUAUAAUUUGUGGCUGCAGAAUAUUGUAAUUUGUUGCACACUAUGUAACAAAACAACUGAAGAUAUGUUUAAUAAAUAUUGUACUUAUUGGAAGUAAUAUCAAACUGUAUGGUGAUAAGUAUUGUUUUAAUUCUUACGGUUAAAGGGAAAUAGAGCUUUGCAUUAUACUCAAAACAGCCAUUUGUAUGUACAACCAGGGCAUAGACUUCUCUUAUAGCGCAGCAUCCAGUAUUUGCUUUCUAGAUAAUAGACCUGACAAAUGACCUAGAGAAGCUUCUGUGCUGUGUAGAGACUUAACCAGCUUUACUGGUUUAAGGAGCCCAAAUUGUAUGGACUAACAAGUUUAGAAUGUAUGCUGCCUAGCGCUUCAUCUCCAAUCCUUCUAAACCAUUUGAAGUGGCUUCACUGGUAACACUUUUUAAAGUCAUCUGUGGUAGAGGUGGAAAGCAGCACAUCCUUCCUACCCAGCAGUGAUCAGGUAAGGUGUGCUGAUGUUUCUUCCAUGCAGAUGUCACCCCCCCCCGCCCCCUGUUUUUUUUUUUUUUUUGAGACAGUAUCUCAAGUACCCCAAGGUGGCCUCAAACUCACUAUGUAGCCGAGAACUCCUGAUCGCCUGCCUCCACCUCUAGAUAUCAAACUUUUUUAUUCUUUAUAGUUGUAUAACUCACAUUGGAGGAGUUUAAGCAUUAGAGUAGAAAGCAGGAAAUGUUGAUUGCCCUAAUUAUAGAAAUUAUAUCCCUAAAAAUUAACUGAAAACAUGAAUGCUAGAUGGGAAUGAUGAGAGAAAUAAUAUAUUUCGGUGAAAUUUUUGCAUGUGUGGAAAUUUUGUUAAAUAGGACCUUUGAGAUCCUAGACUUUGCUUUUGUCUUACUGUGGGAAAUGAAGUCUCUAGCAGACACUAGCAUUUUAAGAUGACAGAGGUCAAAGAUUGUUUCCUUUGGUUUAAGUAGCAGCCAGAUAUUCUUCACAUGGGGCCUAGGAUGUGGCUGUUGGCAACACAUUACGGGAUCUUUAAUGGUAAAAAAACUAUUAAACUAAAAAUAAGCCAAAAAAUUAUAGGUUUCUUUAUUUUUCACUAAACAGACAAUUGAAA